GUCCUUCAAAAUUAUUUUUUCAACUACGAUCUAUGGAUAACGACGAGGAGCGUCAUGCACUCAACUCCGGUAUAGGCACAACUUCCGCAAAACUAAACAUUUUUUCUGCAAUGGACUCUCUUUUUCUGGGAUCAACUCCGGCCGGGUCUAGAGACAAAUGCCAGAUGAGGGCAAGAGGCAAGAGAGGGGACUAUGGCUUCACUACAGCAGUAGACAAUCGACAAGCGUAAGAGAAAACCGACCUCAGAUCAGCACUCCUCGGCUACCCUCGCCCUCCCCCCCUCGCCUGCAGGGCAGAAGGCAAUCGCAAAUGCAUAGAAUCCACCGGUUCCUUUCCCCAUUCGCUUUCAACACAAAAGAGCGGCAAGUUGCGUGCCAACCCACACACGCACGAACGCACGGUGUUUUUUUUGGAACGCAGCCGACUUUCGGGAGGGCCGUAUACUACCCUGAAGAACCCCUCGUGGGAGUAUCGCUAACCACUGACAACCUCUGCACCACAUGCUACUGGCCAGCCUAUGCCCUCGGUCGCUCGGUGGUUUACCACGUGUUCUCUGCUGAUUCCGUGUAUGUCUGAUCUCUCAUCAAACCCUCGUACCUGAUGGUGCUUCAGUCCUUCGGUACAUCAGGCCGCUCCCGGAGGUAGCGCAAACCUCCUCAUCGUAGUCGCUGUGCGCAUCGCG